AUGUUGAAGACACCAGUAACGGUAAAGAACUAUGAAGAUGUGGAUCCUCGUCUGGUCGCCAAACAAAUGGCUCGGUGCCGUUACUAUACCUUGUCCGACCUCGCGAGGCACAGUUCUCAGUACGAUUGUUGGGUGGCCCUCUUCGGUCGUGUUCUAGAUUUGACGCCUUUACUUAUCCAGCACCAAAAUGAGUUAGCUCUUCCUCUGAUAGCCGCUGCUGGAACGGACAUUUCUGACUGGUUUGACGUCGAAACCAAAAAUCCCAUUCGAUACAUUGACCCAGAGACAGGAAUCGAGCAGCCCUAUACGCCGCAAGGCAGAUUCAUCCACAUCCCACCACCGUACCCCUCCGGCGAAUGGGCAACGACAAUCGGGACACCCUGGUGGCUCGACGAGAAAUACGUGAUAGGACGCCUUACGAAGAAAGCACGGAAAAUCCGCAUCAUGAAUUUGCUUGUUCAGCAUGAAGUGGUUCUUGAGGUGCCAUCCGAGGACACGAUAAACGAAAUACAGGCGAGAUAUCUCAGCGAGAACGAUCAUGCCGGCUCGUACACGUGGAAGAGGCUUAUGAAACCUUUGAAUAUGGAGCAAACACUGGAAGAGAACGGCGUACCGGACGAAGAGGUGCGCCUACGAGAGCUCGGCAUCGACCCCGACGAGCAUAUUCCCACUCUUCAUUUAUACUUCAACGACGACCUAUCUGUCGCUUGA